UCACCGCGGCUAGAGUGGGCCUGCAAUGCGGAGCAGCGGCCACUGGGUGGCGGCGGUACUCCACUUGGGUCCAGAGGUGGGGGCAGGCAGCCGAGAGGAAGAGUGUGCCCUCCGCGGGCGGGCCGGCCCCUCCACUGGGUUCCCUUGGGGGAAGCCUUCCAGGAGAGCGGGGAUCCGGAGGGGAAUGGGGCGGCCUGGAGCCCACGUCUCCUGGCCUUCGGCCCCUCCUCCGCCCCCCACCCAGGCCGGGGUGAUGAGCGGAGGGUCCCCAGAAGCUACCAGCCCCAUGGAGUCUCCCCCCCUUCCUGAUUGGCCCAUGGUCCCUGCCCGGGGCUGCCCCCCUGGACUGCAGGCCCAGCCCUGGCCGCGCCCCGAGGGUGGCGGGGAGAAGGCGGCAGCCCGAGCUUUGCCACCUGUUGAGGGACGGCCAGACUUUGACGGAAGGCCCGCCUGCAGGGAGGCUCGGGAGACAAGAUUGAAGCGUUUAAUAAAGUCGACAGGCCGGGGGCUGGGAGCAUCAAGUCCCGGGGGGCCGUGGGAGGGGAUCCCAGGCGGCCCAGAAUGGAGAUGAGAGCUUCCGCCGCCAACGCAGCCUCCUCGUCGGGCCGCAGGUAUAAGAGGCGGCUGAGGCGCUCCGGCAAGGGAGAGAGCCGGCUGCCAUGGACUCUGGGCGCCUGGCCGUGCUACUGGCGCUGCUGCUGCUGGCGCUCGGAGCCAGGGGCCAGGCUGGAGGUGCAGGGAAGAAGCUGGGCGGCGUCGGGGCCCGCGCUUUUCUGGAGGAAGAGAAUGGACGCCCCUCGGGGCCAGAGGCGCAAACGCCAGCGUCCCUGCUGCGGGCCCUGCUGCAGGCCCUGAAGAGACCCGGCCGCAGCCAGGCCUUUCUGUUCCAGCCACAGAGGUUCGGCCGGGACGAUCGGAGGAGCCCGGGGAAGCAGGGGCUGAGCCCCCAGUCCGCGGAAGGGCCCAGUCCUCGCUUCUGGAGCCUGGCCGCCCCCCAGCGCUUCGGGAAGAAGUGAGGAGGCGCGGGCGGCCUGCUCUCUGCAUGCAGCCCCUCGACACCCUGCGGUCCGAAUAAAGCAUUUGCCGCCCCGCCC